AUGCAUUCUGUCCCGGAAAGGUAUGCAGCAUGGAAAGCAGGAAGACAGUAUGUGCGACCAAGCGAGCUCAACAGGAGAGCUUUCCCUCCUCAAAAUAAUGCAAAGUAUUUUCGAAAAGUUGGAUUCUUCUACCCGAGUACCACAACUUCUAGAUACAAUCUAAGGCCAGAGAUUGGAGCAUCCGGGAGCGAGAGAUCAACCGCUUCCACCUAUAAAAAGGAACAAAAUCAGAUCGCCGCCUGCGUAGAGACGUUUUGGGCGGGUGACGUGCAGCCAUUCGACGGUAUCAUUGAAGAAUUCGAAGAGUGGCUUGCGGACAACCCACGGAUGGGCGUUAGAAAGCUCCAGCUUGAGCUAGGCCGAUGGGAAAUUGGUCUCGGAGAGUCUAAACCUGUCACCGAUAUCUCAUUCCGCAGUUUAUUCAUCCAGCACCUCAGACGAAAGAUGAGGAAUAGCUUGGCGAACUUGAGGUAG